AUGGAAGAAGCUUUUGUCAAAAUCAGAGAGGCUCUCUUGCAGGCCCCAGCCCCAGCCCUCCCAGAUGUCUCCAAGCCCUUCCACCUGUAUGUAGAUGAACAGAGAGGAGUGGCAAAAGGAGUUCUCACCCAGAAGCUGGGCCCCUGGGUGAGACCACUGGCUUAUCUAUCAAAGAAAUUAGACCCAGUGGCCAGCGGAUGGCCACCAUAUCUCCGCAUCAUAGCUGCCACUGCACUUCUUGUUAAAGAUACAGACAAGUUAAUGCUGGGCCAGAAUCUUGUGGUCAUGACACCCCACACCAUUGAGGGAGUUUUAAAGUGCCCUAACGACCGAUGGCUGUCAAAUUCACAUGUCACCCACUAUCAAGUUCUGCUCCUUAAUCUGCCUUGUAUCCUCUUUGCUGCUAGCAAAACAUUGAAUCCAGCCACCUUGCUACCAGAUCCAAAUCUAGAUUCGCCCUCACACGAGUGCAAGGAGAUCCUCAGCCACCUACAGGGAACAUGCCCCGAUCUGGGAGAUGUUCCCUUGUUGGAUCCCGAUACUACUUGGUUCACUGAUGGAAGCAGCUUCAUCAAAGAUGGGGUGAGAUAUGCAGGGGCAGCAGUGACUACAGAGAUGGAAGUCGUAUGGGCAUCCCCCCUACCCUCAGGAAUAUCACCUCAGAAAGCAGAACUGAUAGCCCUCACCAAAGCUCUUCAAUUGGCAAAAGCUUUGUUUCAGGUCCAAGAAGCCUUACAUCAGAACUUACAGGCCGUGUACUACAAGCCUCCCCCCGGAGCCCCACAAUGUCCAACCUGGAGACUUGGUACUGAUCAAAAGGCAUCAAAAAGAAACCUUAGAGCCGCGUUGGAAAGGACCUCACACAAUCAUCCUAGCAACUCCCACGGCAAUCAAAGUUGACGGAAUAGCAGCAUGUAUCCAUCACACUCAGGUCAAGGCCGCUCCUAGAGAUCAAGAGUCUACAUGGACAAUUCAAGCCCAUCCGACUGACCCUCUGAGAGUAAAAAUUACCUGACAUGUGGCUGCUUCUCGUUCUCCAGGCUUUAACCCUGGAACUAAUGGUGGCAGCAGUGGCCGGAAGUCCCCACUUCCCAAGGAGACUUGAGUGGAUCAUCAUCAAGUCUGAGACUGGAGACAUUAUCAACUCUACAGAACAAGAAGGACACCCUAAGUCAUGGUUCCCUGAUCUGUACUUCAAUGUUUGUAAGUUGUUUGGGACAAACUGGGGCUUAAGAGGGGACCCCAAGUAUCCACGCCCAACCCAAGGAAUAGUGUGUAGGACCCCAGGGUACUGAGACCUGACACGUCAACACAAUUUCUAUGUCUGUCCCGGACAUAGCUGAAGUCAGCCUCAGCAGGCUAAAUGUGGGGGCCCAGAACACUUCUUCUGUGCUGUCUGGGGCUGUGAGUAUAUGGGAAAGAUAGAUUG